CACCAGACUCAGUCAGAUUAAAAAAAGAAGAAAUUUUGAAUACACAAGUACUGAAGAUUUGAAUUUGUUUGAAAUAUUUGAAAAUCGUCUACAUUCGAAAAGGUUUUAAAAGAUUGAUUAAAGUGCAAAUACAAUUAAGUCGUCUGUACUAACCAUUUGGUAGGACAAUAACAGAAAUCCAUUCAUGUGCAAUAGGUAUAACAUCAAAGUAUUGUGGAGGUUUGAAAAAUUCAAUAAAAUUGGCUUACAUUAAUUAUCAACGUAAAAAUGAUGCACCUCAAAGUGGAUUCACUGCCAGAUCCAACGAAUCGUUUUGAUUUGGGUGAAGAAAUUGCGACUGGCGUUUGGGCAAAAGUUUACAAAGCCAUCGACAAAGAAUCGAAUGGCAAAACGGUCGCUGUUAAAAUUCAGCCGUAUGAUGAUGAUAAACAACAUAUAAUUGACGAUGAAUAUCGUAUUUUACGUGAUUUCUCUGAUCACCCCAACUUUUUGGACUUUUAUGGAGUUUAUCGCAAGCGUGUUACUAGUGGUGGAAGUGAUGAGAUAUGGUUUGUUUUGCAAUACUGCGAUGGUGGGUCGGCUAUUGACUUCAUAAAGCGUCUUCAUUCCGUCAACAGAAGAUUAUCGGAAGAGCAUAUUGCAUAUAUUUUGAGAGAGACCGCAAAAGGCCUGGUUAAAAUGCACAAACAUCAUUUUGUACAUCGUGAUGUUCGUGGAAGUAAUAUUUUGUUAACAUCCGAAGGUGAAGUGAAGUUGGCAGAUUUCGGACUGUCCAAAAGUACUGGCAGCACAUUCGGCAAACGAAGCACUUGCAUUGGUUCACCUUCACACAUGGCACCGGAAAUGUUUGGCACUCCAGCAAAGAAAAACGAAGAACUAUAUAGUAGUCGCGUCGAUGUAUGGGCAUUGGGAAUAACAGCUAUUGAGAUCGGCGAUGGCGCUGCUCCAUUUAUGGAUAUGCAUCCAACACGUGCAAUGUUUCAAAUUGUACGAAACCCACCACCAACUCUUUAUCGUCCAGCCAAUUGGUCACAAAACUACAAUGAUUUCAUCGCUGAGUGUUUAGAGAAAAAUCCAGACAACCGACCAUUCUUAGUGGAAUUACUCGAACAUCCGUUCUUCACUGAGCUGGGUGGUCCUACCGGAAAUGAUCAUUUUCUGUCAUGCGAGAUAAAACAUUUGUUGUCACAAAUUGAUGUCUUGGAUAAACUUCCAAAAGAAGAAAUCUCAAUCAUAGGCGGAUGCAUAAAGAGAUACAAUGUUGAUCCGGAAAAAAUGUUAGUUGAAGAUUUGUGUGCCUUGGACAAAUUGUCUGAAGAAAGGAUAUCGGAUCUCUUGAAGCAAAGAUUGGAAAGAGGCGAUUCGUAUACGUUUGCUGGAGACGUUUUAAUCUCGUUAAAUUCAAACGAAUUGCCGAAAGAGUUUCCACGAUCGGUUCACUCUAAAUACAGUUGUAAAUCUCGAUCGGAUAAUGCACCCCAUAUAUUUGCCGUUGCGGAUAGCGCAUAUCAAGACAUGAGCCAUCAUGAGGAACCUCAACAUAUUUUAUUUGCCGGUGAAAGUUAUGCCGGAAAAACAACACAACUACGACAUGCAGUUGAUCAUUUGUGUUUUUUGGGUAAUGGAAAUCAAAAUUGCAGCGAUCGUGUACGAAAAUCACUCGAUAUAGUUCAUGCCCUCACAAAUGCCGGUACACCGGUAAAUCCAGAUUCAACAAGAUGUGCUUUGCAAACACAGCUUACGUUUGGGACAACUGGUAAACUAAGUGGAGUGAUAUACAACGUAUUCUUAUUGGAAAAGUUGCGAGUAUCGUCAACCGAUAUGGAUCAAUCGAACUUCCAUAUCUUUUAUUACUUUUAUGAUGCUUUGAGUAAAUUAAAUGAACUGGAAACGGUUCAGCUCGAAGCUGGCCAAAAUUAUCGUUAUUUACGAGUUAGAUCCGAACAUUUGGACUGUAAGUUACCAUAUUGUCGUGAUGAUCCGGAGGGCAAUGUUACAAAAUUCCAAGAAUUUGAAGCAAAUCUCAAACUGCUGGAUUUUGAAGACGAACAAAUUCAAUCAAUUCGCAAAAUUUUGGCAGCUAUUUUAAUUUUGGGAAAUGUGAGAUUUACUGAAGAUGGUAAAUAUGCAACAAUCGAAACUACGGAAGAAGUCCAUAAAGUGGCCAGUCUACUUGCUGUUGAUGAGAAAAAAUUUGAAUGGGCUUUGGUGAAUUAUUGCUUGGUUCAGGGAGGCAUGGCUGAAAAACGUAAACAAACAAAAGAUGAAGCUCGAGAUGCACGUGAUGUUCUUGCAGCCACAAUUUAUAGCCGCUUAGUUGACUGGAUUAUCUCGAUUAUUAAUCAAAAAUUUGCCUUUGGCCGGGCAAUUUUUGGUGACAUGCAUAUGAUUUCAUUGAAUGACAUGUUUGGUUUUGAGUGUUUGCCUCGAAAUCACAUCGAACAGUUGAUGAUCAAUUCGUUGAAUGAACAGCUACAAUACCAUUAUAAUCAACGAAUGUUUACAUGGGAGCUAAAUGAGUUGGAGGAAGAAAAUAUACCGCAUUCGGUAUAUAAAUUUCAUAACAAUAAGAACACGGUUGAUCAUUUGAUGUCAAAACCAAACGGUUUGUUCUUCUUUUUGGACGAUGCAACGCGGGAUCGUUUCAAAUACGAGUUCAUCACUGAUACAAUUGGCACUAAUAAAAAUUCUUAUGUGCAAAGAGUAAGUGGACACGAGUUCAGUGUUGCUCAUUACACCGGCAAAGUAACAUAUGAUGCACGCUCGAUGGGUGAUAAAAACCGAGAUUUCUUACCACCAGAUAUGAUGGAAACUUUAAGAAUAUCUUCUGAUGAAAUUGUCAAACUUUUGUUUUUGAAUCCACUUUCAAAAACUGGCAAUUUAACCGUGGCUUACAAUCACCAAAUGCCAGUGAGCAAAGAAGACUCGAAUAAAUCCAAAUGGGGUGCAGCGUUGGUUGCUGAAAAGCAAAAGUCAAAAUUAAAACAAAAGCUAAACACACUAUCACAUGGACAAUACUCUCAAGUACAUAAUAUGCGUACUUUGUCAACAGUUUUCCGAUCGACUUCGUUGGAAAUAUUGAAAGGAUUAUCAAUUGGUGGAAGUAGUGGAAAUACUCACUUUGUCCGGUGCAUUCGACCAACAUUAGAUUAUAAACCAAGAGCUUAUCAUAAUGACAUGGUAUUUCAACAAAUUCGUGCAUUGCAAAUUCAUGAUACAGCUAUAGCUCGACAAAAAGGUUUUCCACAGCGUGUUUGCUUCCAGGAAUUUAUGAGAAGAUACAAGUUCUUGGCAUUUGAAUUUGACGAAAAUGUUGAUAUGACAAAAGAUAACUGCAGAUUGCUGUUGAUUCGAUUGAAAAUGGAAGGCUGGGCGAUUGGAAAGACAAAAGUUUUCUUGAAAUACUAUAACGUUGAAUAUCUAUCACGGUUAUACGAAACUCAAGUAAAAAAGAUCAUCAAGGUGCAAUCAAUGAUGCGUGCAUUUUUGGCAAAACGAAAUGUGGCGAGCAAAUUGAAGACAUUCCGUCAAGAAUCGAUUCAAAAAGAGGCAAAAGUUAGUGAUCAUCAUUUAUCCGACGCUGACGCAGCACUUGCUAUACAAAAAGCUUAUCGAGGCUAUAGAGUACGUCAGACAUAUGGUCCUCUAUUGAAUGCGCGCACCGGUAAAAUCGAUUUUGAAACAUCCAAAUUCAUUCGACCUUUUGCAAAGCGUUGGAAAGUCAAAUCAAUAUUCCAAAUACUUUUACUUUAUCGUUCGGCACGUUAUCAGGAUUUAGUAAAUCUAACGCAACAGAUUCAUUUGUAUAAUCAAGCUGCUGUGGCAAACAUAAGGCAAUAUAAUGAAUGCAUGGAAUUGGAAAAAGUUGACCCAAGAGAGUCAAAUCCAGCUUUAUUGGGAACAGUACGUCAACCUGUUCGAAAACUACCAUUUCGCUUGGAUGAGAUACCAUUUUAUGAUACAAAUUACAUGUGCGAUCCGACAACCGGUCAAUCAUUAGAUCUGGGCGAUGAGUCAGACCAAGAAGAUUGGGAUGCUCCAUUGCGGCGCACUGUUAACAUCUCAAGUCAUAUUAUCAAUGCAUCUAGUAUAUCACCUGGCCACAGUGCAAACAAAUACCAAAGAAUUAUUCCCGGAGAUGAAGUGUCUCGUCAUUUUUCAUCUCCCAUGCGUCCAGCUGUAUACAAAAGCCGUGCAACAUCGCCAACUCCACGAAACCCAAUCAUACGUUAUGAAGCCCCCGAACGUUCAGCAAUUAAUGCAGAUUUGAGUGCCGUUAAAGGAAAAUUGAAUCCAGUCAAAGAAUUACAAUUGUUGGCCCGGCAGAAUUCAGCAAAUGAUGAGAAUAAUGAGGACGCACCGCCGUUCAAUUUCCAAGGGAUGUUACGAAAAACACAACACCAACGCGCAUCGAUGAAACGAAAUAAAGAGAAUGGAAAUGACGGCGACAAUUCACCUACCAAUGGAAAUAUUGUUUAUUCAUCCGCUUCGUCCGCAAAGGUAAACUUUGACUUUGAUGAAAAUGAUAAUAUACCACCACCGGUGGCGCCACGUGUGAAAGCUCCAGUUCCAUCCGAACGAAAAUUAUGUUUUGGUGAAAGCACUCUUCUCGGCGGCGACGAUGCUCUUCAUAACAUUGGAACGUACGUUAGUGAAGAAAUUCAUCCUGGAAUCAUGCUUGAAGGAUACGCGAUCGAAUUUUAAAUUAUUUUAUCUUCUUCAUGUCUUAUACAUGAUAAUUUAUACCUAUUGUUUAUGUAUUGUUUAAAUAAAUGUGCUAUAUUGAGUACACACACAAAAAUACUACAA